AUGAUAACGAAUGAUGAACCUAAUCAAGUGUUUGAAAAUGAGGUAUUAUUAACAGUAGAUUCAUUUGGAGAACGGUUUUUAAUUGAGAAUAGAGAAAAUUCUUUGUUUCGAUGUAUUCGACCGAAUUAUGUGGAGUUUGUAUUCACAAGACAAGUAUUUGAUUAUAGAAUGUUUAUGACGAAUUUAUAUACUUUCAAUGAAUUGAUACUGACUGAGAAAUAUCCUCGUGUUCAAGAGUAUUUUGCGACUAAGAUUCUUCAAUUAAGUUUCUAUAUUGAUGCUAAUUUAAUGAUGAUUGAAAACCCGGAUUCAUUAACUACUAUAAUCCUUAAGAAUUUAUUGGAUUUGAGUAGAAAUGAUCUACUUGUUAAUAAAGUAAAGAAAAUGACAAUAAGAGGCACCGAUAUUGGAAAUAUAUACGUCCCCCAGUGGACUAGAUUAUUUAGAAGAUUUAAAUCACUAGAAUAUUUGGACAUACUGCAGAAUCUUCUCCAGAAUAAUCAUGAUGGAUGUAUUGAUGUUUGGGGAAUAGAGAAAAGACUUCCUGAUUAUUUACAAGUAUUACAUCUAGAUUGGAAUUUCUUUACACAUAUAUCCAAAGACAUGUUAAUUCAAUUACCCCAACUGCUUAAAAUCUUGCUGCUUAAUAAUAAUGAGAUUGAAAUUAUAGAAAUAUGUUCAAUUGGUGAAUUAUUGCCAAAUCUUAUAGAAUUGGAUUUGAAACAUAAUCAUCUUUCGUUUAUUUCUCCUGAAAUAUUUCUGGACUGUAAGGGUGAUUUUGUGUUACAUCUUGAAGCAAAUAAAUUGGAUCCUGCCAAUCUUGAAGAUGUACGACGAAUGGCAAACAAAAACGGAUUUAAAGUAGUGUAUUAG